AUGGCUUUGUCUUUUGGAUACUUACAAAGAGACAACAGUUUCAAGAAAGAUUCACAAGAGUGUGAAACACCGAGAGUUCUGAAAUUACCAGUAAAUAUAUAUCUGGAGAAGACUUUAUCGUUCAAGGAUUUGGUCGAUCAAGGGAACAAUUACAAAGAUGAGAGUUGUGGGGUCAAAACUAGAAAAGGUAUAAACCUGAAGGGGCCUAAACCAGAUAACAUGAUUCUUGAGAGGAGUCUCUCGUUCACGAGCCUAGUCGAGGUGGGGCAUAGAGAAGAAGACGAAGAGGAAAGAGGCUCGUCUCCGAAGCGAAGGAACAAGGGCAAAAUGGGAAUGUUAGGGAGUUUAACGGCGUUAAGUGUACCUGCACCAAAACCGUUUUGGUCUCCUAGACCGUCGACGGAGCUUGACGCCGCCGCCGUUACGUUACAAAAAGUUUACAAGAGUUAUCGAACGCGUAGAAAUCUUGCUGACUGUGCAGUAGUCGUUGAAGAGUUAUGGUGGAAAGAGUUAGAAUUGGCAGCGUUGGAACCUAACCGAACCAAAGAGAAACCAGAGACGGCUCUGUCGAGGUGGGCAAGAGCAGGAACAAAAGCAGCUAAGGUGGGGAAAGGAUUGCUCAAAGAUGAUAAAGCUCAGAAAUUAGCAUUGCGACAUUGGUUAGAAGCCAUUGACCCACGUCAUAGGUACGGACAUAAUCUACACCUAUAUUAUGAUGUCUGGUCCGGAAGCGAAAGUACGCAGCCAUUUUUCUUCUGGUUAGAUAUUGGAGAUGGCAAAGAAGUAAAUCUCACCAAAUGUCCAAGAACUCUUCUUCAACGCCAGUGCAUCACUUACCUUGGUCCGAAAGAGAGGCAAGCGUAUGAAGUGGUAGUGGAAGACGGGAAAUUAGUCAACAGACAUAACAAAAACCUCGUGGAGACCAUCGAAGGAACCAAAUGGAUUUUCGUAUUGAGCACGACAAGAAGACUCUACAUUGGUCAGAAACAGAAAGGUCGGUUUCAACAUUCGAGUUUUCUUUCCGGCGCUGCCAUUACUGCCGCCGGUCGAAUAGUUUCUCACGGUGGAGUUGUAGAAGCUGUUUGGCCGUACAGUGGUCAUUAUCUCCCGACAGAAGAGAAUUUCCGAGAGUUUAUCGGUUUCUUAAGAGAAAACCAUGUGGAUCUCACUAAUGUCAAGAUGAAUGCGGUUGAUGACGACAAUAUUUUGGUCUCUAAUGACGGAAGUACUAAGCCACCGAGGGUUGCCGGGAAAUUUGACGGUUCAAAUGAAACCAAGGCCGUCGCUGUUGAUCCGACGGCGGAAGAUUUCAGGGAACAAAAACGCUUCUCGUGCAAGUGGAGUACCGGAAAUGGGCCUAGGAUCGGGUGUGUGCGGGACUACCCCAUGGAUCUGCAGACGCGGGCGCUCGAGCAAGUCAACCUUUCUCCUCGUGUGGUCAACGGAACAGUGGGAAUAUUCGGCCCAAUACCUUCGCCAAGGCCCAGCCCAAAGAUCCGUGUCUCUCCUAGGCUAUCUUGCAUGGGUCUUCCAAGCCCCAGGAACUAA